AUGGCAAAAUCGUCAUCAGGUGGAAGUUCAAAAUUUUUGUAUGAUUUUGUUGGAGGAGGUGUUUCAGGGGCAUUGGCAAAAACAAUAGCAGCUCCAAUAGAGAGGGUGAAAUUAUUGCUUUAAACUUAACAUUCAAAUCCAAAAUUAAUAUCAAGGCCUUAUAAAGGUAAUAAGACAUUUAAAAGAUAAUUAGGAAGUUUGGAUUGUUUCAAAAGAGUAUUCCUUGAAGAAGGGAUUCUUUCAUUUUGGAGAGGGAAUUUAUCAAAUAUAGUGAGAUAUGUUCCUAUAGGUGCUAUAAAUUUUUCUCUUAAAGAUGCUCUUAAUAGAUAGUUUUUAGCUGAUGUAGAUGCUAAGAAAGAACCAGGAAGGUAUUGAAUAAAUAUAAUUAGAUUUUUUAUAGGUUCAUUAUUAUGUGGUGGAAUUGCUGGUAGUAUUGGGUCUUUAAGUGCCUAUCCGCUUGAUUUUACUAGAACAAGAUUAGCUGCUGACAUUGGAAAGGCAGCAGAUUAAAGGUAAUUUAAAGGGCUGAUACAUUGUUUGGUAUCAAUACUGAAAACUGAUGGUAUUAGAGGAGUGUAUUAAGGAUUUUAAAUUGCUAUAGUUGCUGUUUUUUUUUAUCGUGCUUUAUAUUUUGGGUAUAUCUAAAAUUAGUAUAAUAUAAGAGGUUAUGAUAUUGGCAAGAGGCUUAUUUGGGGGGAUGAAGCUGCAUAAAGAAAAUCUUCUAUAUUUGCAAGAUUGAUUUUUGCUUGGUUUGUUAUAUCUGUUUCAGAAACAUAUGUAUAUCCCUUUGACACUGCAAGAAGAAGAUUGAUGAUGCAAGCUGGAUAAAAGACUAAUCUUGAAUAUGAUGUAAUUCUAUGUUCUAAUAAUCUAGGGAGUUUUUGAUUGUUUCAAGAAAAUUGCAUAAAGAGAAGGAAUUAGAGGAUUCUAUAAAGGAAAUAUCACAAACAUAUGUAGAUCUGUUGGUUCAGCAUAAGUUCUUGUAUUUUAUGAUGAAUUUUAGAAACUAGCAAUAAAAGAUGAAAAAAAUUGAUUUAUUUUAUAUUAAUAUG